GGCCCAUUAUCUGGUGAUCCUGCUUCUUGGUAGUUUCCUUGCAGUUUAAAAACGAGUAAGGCCUUCUGAGUGAUCAACUUGAGGGACUUGCCAGUCGGCUUCUUCUUCCAGAGCAAUACGCGGGUGGUGGGCACCGACCCAUCAAUAGAAGGCCAUAAACACGGUUCUGCCAUUCUCUUCUGUCGCGUAUACUUGCGCGACUCCCCUCACUUCCAAGAUGGUCAACUGCCUCUGUGCGUUUCUCUAUAAGAUCUGGCCUGCAGGCCGACGCCCCAAGCCCCCUCCUUCCCCAUCUCUUCCUGCCACUGAACCAACAAGGCCUUCGGAAUCAAGCCCUCCUUCUUCAAACAUGGCGGAGACCACCAGACUGUCUCAAAGAACUUCUAGUCUUGUAUCAGAGACACGGUUCGAGUAUGAUGUCUUCCUCAGCUUCAGAGGAGAAGACACGCGCCAUGGCUUCACCAAGCACAUCUAUGAGGAGCUCGUCCGCAUGCAAGUCCGAACGUUCUUCGACAAUGAGGAACUGGAGACGGGCGACAAGAUCGGAGAUCGCUUGUCCAACGCCAUCAAAGGGUCGGAGAUUUUCGUGCCCAUUUUCUCUGUGCGGUAUGCCGAUUCGAGAUGGUGCCUUAUGGAGCUAGCGGACAUCGUCAAGUGCAAUAGGCUGAUCAUUCCCGUCUUCCUGCACGUCAAUCCAGUGGAUGUGCAGAAACAGGAAGGAACCUAUGGCUCCCCGUUGCCUGGCUUUAUGGGUCGUUUUGGAGAAGAGAAAGUCAAGGAGUGGAAGGAGGCUCUGAGGGUUGCAGGAAAGGCCCCUGGUUUCACGCUCGAUGAUGACAGGGACGAGGAAGGAUUGAUUGAGAAAGUUAUCAGAAAGAUCAUGGAAGAAUUGAAGAAUCCUCCCUUGGCGCUGCCAAAGCACCUUAUUGGGACGGAAUCCAAAGUGCAGGACGUGAUGAAGCUGUUGGAUGUGGAUGCCAAUGAUGUCAGGAUGGUAGCAAUACAUGGAAAGCAGGGGAUUGGAAAGACGACUCUUGCAAAGGAAAUCUACAAUAAAAUAUUUCUCAAGUUUGAUGCUUUUUUCUUUUUUCCGGGUGUCAAAGAAGCUUCAAGAACAGAUGGUCUUGCGUCUCUCCAUAAGCAACUUAUCUGCGGGCUUCUGAAAGUGAAAGAAGAGCCAUUCCUGAGUGAUGUUGAUAAAGGCAAGAAUGCGAUCAAAGAAAAAGUCAGUAAAGGAAGUGUUUUCAUCGUUCUGGACGACGUCAGUGACAAAAACCAGCUCGAUGCACUGGUGGGUGACAAAAACUGGUUCCGUCCAGGUAGCAGGAUCAUUAUCACCACCGAGGAUGACUCUUUCCUGGACUCCAAGAUGCAUAAGAAAUACUCACCAAAAGAAUUGGAUGAUGAAGAAGCGCUUCAGUUGUUCUGCUACCAUGCUUUCGGAAAAAUGGCACCACCCGAGGAAUACUUUCGGCUUUCAAAGCAGGCUGUUGCCCUCUGCCAUGGACUUCCUAAAGCUCUGGAGAAGCUAGGAUCUUUUCUAUCAGACAAAACAAGUGAGGACGAAUGGGAUGAUAUGUUGAACAAACUCGAGCGGUCACUUCCAAAUGCUAUUCUGCAUUUGUUUUCAGCAAGAACAAGAAAUAAAAUGGCAACCAACGGCAAAGGGAAGAAGCUGGGGGAAACUGUCGGCGAAUCCCGGCCAUCCAAUGUGACGAAGUUCGACGUCAUUGUAAGCUUCAGCGGCGGAGAAGAAGCCAUCGAUGCCUUCACCGAUCUGCUCUAUUCAGCCCUCCUUCGCGACGGCAUCUCCGCAUGCCGCUCCAACGGCGGGGAUGAUGCACCGGAGGGAGAGCGCCUUAGAGAAGCCCCUGAUGGGCUGGGCAUAUGCGUGCUCAUCUUGUCUGUGUCCUAUGCAGCGUCGGAACGGUGCCUCACGGAGCUGGGGUGGAUGGUGGAGCAGCGCCGCUUGAUCUUCCCCGUCUUCUUCGACGUCAAUCCGUCGGACGUGAGGCGCCAAAAGGGAGCUCUGGAAAGGCCUUUCCGGAGGCAUGACGAGCGCCUCGAUCGUGAGUUGGUGUCUGGGUGGAAGAAGGCGUUGGAGGAGGUGGGAGGCACAAAGGGCUACGAUUUGACCGUCGAAGAAUCAGGACAAGAAGCAAAGUUGGUGCAAUUAAUUGUAAGAGACGUCUUGAAGAAACUAAGCAACGCUCCCCGCUCUGUGGCUAAGUACCCUAUUGGAAUUGAUUCUCGAGUAGAAGAAAUGCUAAGCAUGUUGGAUCUCAAAGCUAAUGAUUUUCGUAUGGUGGGGAUAGCUGGCAUGGGAGGAAUCGGGAAGACCACCUUGGCCAAUGCCGUUUAUAAUCAAAUAUUUUCCUUGUUUGAUAGUAGCAUCUUCAUUUCAGAUGUCAGAGAAAUGUCUAAACAACCUAAAGGACUUGUAACUCUACAGAACAAACUAUUUGGUGGGAUUUUUGAUGGCAAGAUAUCCCUUGUAAAUAAUGUUAGUGAAGGAAUUGGUGUGAUUAGAGACAGAAUGCAUAGUAAGAAAGUUCUCAUUGUUCUUGAUGACGUUGAUUGUAAGGAGCAGUUAGAUGCAUUAAUUGGAGACCGUGACUGGUUUAAGAAAGGAAGUAGGAUCAUUAUAACGACAAGAGACCAGCAUGUACUUCAUCUACACAAGAUAAAGGAACAUGAGAUCUAUUGGCCUAAAACGUUAUACUUUGAUGAUGCUCUCCAUUUGUUCAGCUAUCAUGCGUUUGGGAGAAACUGCCCCCUAGAACAAUAUCAAAAACUUUCUGAAGAUGUUGUUCGAGUAAUUGAUGGACUGCCAUUGGCACUUGAAGUAAUUGGCUCAUCUUUGUUUGAUAAGAGAAACAGAGAGGACUGGAAAGAUGUCAUAAGAAAGUUAGAACGAGUUCCUUUUGAUGAUGUUCAAGAAAGGUUAAAAAUAAGCUAUGAUGGGCUCGAUGUUUUUGAAAAGCAAAUAUUUUUGGACACUGCGUGCUUUUUCAUUGGAAUGGAUCAAGAAGAUGCCAUUCACAUAUGGAGAGGUUGUGAAUUUUUUCCUAGUAUUACAGUUAAAGUUUUGAUGCACAAGUCUCUUAUAAAAGUUGGUAGCGGAAACCUACUUGAAAUGCAUGAUCAACUUCGAGACAUGGGGAGAGCAAUUGUGCAAAGCGAAGACCAUCAAAAUGUUGGGAAUCAAAGUAGGCUGUGGAGCCAGGAUGAAGUUCUGGAUGUGUUCAACAAUUUCAAAGGUACACAGCGCAUUGAAGGGAUCAUUCUUAAUUUGCAAGAAAAUGGUGGAGCCGCAAUGGCGAAGAAAAAUAUACAGAGUCAAGCUUUUUCUGCAUUGCACAAUUUAAGGCUUCUUCGCAUCAACUAUGUGAGCUUGAUUGGCAGAAGCAAAAUUCUUCCUUCUAAAUUGAAGUGGUUAGAAUGGCAUGGCUGCCCAUUAAAAUCAUUACCUCAAGGAUUCAAGCUGAAUAACGUUGUUGUUCUGGAUUUGUCUGAUAGCCAUAUCACUCAUGUGUGGAAGGGACCUUCUUUCUGCAGAAGAAAGGUCAUUGACAAGAUAAAAGUUCUCAAUCUUGGAGAAUGUAGGCAGCUAAUUGUGACACCUAACUUUUCUAGGCAUCCAGGAUUGGUAAAACUAGUUCUCGAAAAAUGUCAGAGCUUGGUAAAGAUUCACAAAUCUAUUGUUGUUCUUAAAGAUUUGGUUUCCCUGAAAUUGAGAGGAUGCACUAGCCUGGAGAAAGUACCAAAGGAGAUAUGUAGCUUGCAUAAACUCAAGUUUCUUGACAUAGCCAAUUGUGGCAAAAUUAACAAAUUGCCUAGAAAUUUAGGCAAAAUGGAAUCUUUAUUAGAGCUCCAUAUUGAUGGUACAGCAAUAAAGGAAGUACCUGCUUCCAUGCUACUACUAAAGAGCCUUAGUCACCUCUCUUUGAAUUCAUGCUGGUUAUUGAAGAAUUUGCCUGAUGCCAUUGGUGAACUUGUAUCUCUAAAGGAAUUAGAAUUAGAUGGCACUGAAGUUGACAAAAUACCAAGUUCGAUUGGAUCAUUAAAGAAGCUUGAAAAACUAAGUGCUCGUCAGUGCAAAUGCCUUUCAAUAUUACCACAUUCUAUUGGUGAUACAAAAAACCUAAAGAUGUUGUUACUUGAUGGAACCAUAAUUGAACAACUUCCUGAUUCAGUGGGAUCAUUAGAAAAUCUGAAUAGAUUGACCUUAAAAAAAUGCAAGCAGCUCAAACACCUGCCAGUUUCGAUGGGACAAUUGAAGGCUCUCAAUCAUCUAUACUUGCCUGAAACUAGCGUCACAGAGUUGUCUGAAGAUUUUGGCAUGCUUUCAACAUUGACCAUACUUGAUAUGAAAAAAUGUGAAUGUAUAAAAGAACUCCCUACUACCUUUGGAGGUCUCAAAGAGCUGAAAAAUCUUUGUCUAAGAUCCAAUUGCAUGCUCACCAUGCUUCCUACUAGUUUCUCUCUGCUAUCUUCCUUGAAAGAAUUGGAUGCUAGCCGGUGCAACUUAAUGGAAAGUGCUAUUCCUAAUGAUUUUGGGAAUUUGACUUCAUUGGUGUCCUUGAAGCUUGGCUACAACAAGUUUUGUAGCUUACCGAAUAGCAUGAGGAAUCUUACCCAACUAAAGAACCUAUAUGUGGAAAAUUGCACAGAGCUUCGUUCAUUGCUUCAUCUUCCCUCUUCUCUAGUUCAUCUUGAUGCCAAGCACUGUGUUUCCUUGAAUAGUAUUUGUGAUCUUUCAGACAUGGAGAACUUGGAGGAGCUUGCUCUCACUAAUUGCUCAAAGCUUGACGAUGUAAUUGGCCUAGAGAAUUUGAAAGCUUUGAGAUUCUUGUACAUUGACUGCUGCAGACACCUUCGUGAUGCUUGCAAGAGUAGGCUGGUCAAGGGAAUAUUCGAAAAUCUGAAGUAUUUCAGCAUCCCUGGAAAUGAUAUUCCAAGAUGCCUCAUGUACAAUCAAUCAUUUUGUGAGAUUCCAAAGUUGUCAACAAGCACUAUUAAGAUCAAAGGGUUGAUUCUCUGCUUUGUUUAUGUCAUCAUUGAAGAGCCAGCGAAUGGUUAUCCCGAUAUACCAGGUAUAGUGGACAUUCAAAUUAUGAUCAUGGUAGAUGGCAAGGAGAUAUUUAGAAGCACGUUAAUAAUUCAUGGAAUUCCAAAGCCCAAUCAAAAUCAAAUUUAUUACUGCCACUACAAUGAGCGAGAUAAAGUUGCUUUGUUCCUAGAGGAUGGAGGCAGAAUUGAGGUGUUGAAGAGAAGCCGACCAUACAUAGAAGGUAUUCAAAUUAAGAAGGUCGCUUUUCACGUCUUUUACAAGCAAAGAGACCAGCAUGAAUUGAUGGAAGGUCUACAAGCAGAAAUGAAUGAACUCGUGGAAAAUUCACGAGAAGAAAUGAUAUUUUGUGACCUAGCCAAGGGUUUUCGUUCUUUGUCAAACAGUGGUAGUAUCAAAAACACAAACUGAAGGAUAUCAUUUUGCAAUUCUUAAAAUUUUCAUUUUAA